AUGUAUUUUAGUAGACCAAAAGAUUUACGUUUAAAAUGUCUAAAAACAAAAUUUUCUACACAUUAUUCUUGUGUUUGUAAUAAAUCUUACAGCCAAAAACGUCAAAUACGCCAACACGUUAGCCUUUGCAAAUAUGCCCAAAACCCUACUGAAAAAGAUAUGUUACAAUUGGCAACUUCAAAAUGGAAAAUAUAUUCUAUAAAUGAUGAACUAAGCGCUAAUAAGGUUCAGUCAGCAAAACGAUUCAAAUGUGGAUGUGAAAAACGUUUUAAAUCUAAAGGUGGUUAUUACAAACAUAUAAAACAGUGUAAACUAUGUCCCGAACAACAGGUUGUAACUGGCAAUUCUAAAUGUAACGAACCUGGAUGCUCAAUGACGUUUAAGUACAUAAGAGACUUUCGAAAGCAUUUAAAUGAGAAGCACCAAUUACAAUUUGAAGUUGAACACAGAACAUUUGAUAAAUAUACUGAUUUUUUGAAUUGGAAAGUAAAGUAUGAAUCAGAAACUCACAGUUAUUUUUAUCACCGUAAAAAUUUAACUUGUAGCGGACGUAGAGUAGAAUAUUGGUAUUGUAACCGCUCAGGUAGUUAUCAGAGUUCAUUACAAAGUAGUAAGCGAAAGUUAAAAUCUCAAGGAAUUCUUAAAAUAAAUAAUAAUUGUACGUCUUCAAUAACAGUAACUGUAAAUACUGAUGACACUGUUCAAGCUGUUGUUUACCACACACAUUAUGGACAUAAAUGUGAUCUCGUACAUUUACGAAUUCUUAAAAGUGAUAAACAAGAAGUAGCUUUCAAAUUAUCACAAGGUGUUAGAAUCGAAGAUAUAUUAUUAUUAUAUAAUAUAGAUGGAUCAUCUAUAACUGAACAAAACCAUUUAAUAAGACGAAGAAAUAUUUUAAACGUUUCUGAAAAAUAUAAUGUUAAAGUUAAAAAUAUGUACUCAGAAGUGCAAUCAUCAAAAAAGAAAAUUAAUUAUGAAUUUGAUCAAGAAACAAUUAAACCUAUCAUUAUAGAUAAUUUACCAAGUACAGUUGAGGCUAACAAAAGGCAUCUUAUUGCUUCACAACUUUCAUUAUCUCUUGUAAACCCAAUUGAUGAAAGUAUUUGGAGAAUUUCCGUGGAAAAUAGUUUAGUUCCUACACAUCCUUCAAUUAAAAAUGCUUAUGUUACUAAAAAUAAUGUAUUAUCAUGCUCUAGUGAAAAUUGUACAUCUUAUUGCAACUAUUGUGAUAUUUGUUAUCACGCCUACUAUUGUAACUGCCCAGAUUAUAAAUUGAAAAAAAUUAUUUGCAAACACAUUCAUUUAGCUAUACUUUUUCAAGCAAAUUCACAAAAUUGUCAGUACGAAAAUCAUAUAGAAAGAUCUUUCCAUGGGAUCCAAGAUCAUACAGAUACACAAGAUACACAUAACAAUCAAAAUUGCAUAGAACCUAUUAAAAAUUCACAACCUAUUAAUAAUGUUCGAUUAAACAAUCAAUCAGAAAAACUUAAAAAUAUUAAAGUAAGAUUGGAAAAAUUAAUGAUGGAUACAAUAGUAAAGAUUAAUGAGUGUACUAAUAUUGAUUUGUUAGAAACUUUGGAGAAACAAAUUACUAAUACAACACAAAGUUUAGGCUUAGAAAAUACUGUUAAGAAAAGAAAUGAAAUACAAACAAUGUUACCAGAAAAAAAUAUUGAAGUUUAUUGUUUUGAUCUGUACUGA